UUCCUCCAUGUGAGGUGAGAGAUCUGAAACUAUGACUAUGAGUAAUAGAUUUCACUUUUACGUUAAAUAAAAUAAUUUUAUUUAUAUUUUAUUUAUAAAAUUAGAACAUAGUUAUUUUUUUGGUUAAAUUUUCUUAUGAGGGCCAGUUUGGUAAUAUUGUACAAGUCAACCUAUGACGUCAAUUUUGGAGCUAAGUCCUCCGCCCCAAAUUCUUUCACACGGCAUCCACGACCACGAUUGCACAAUAAAAACACACAGCCACCACACAAAACUCCGGCAGCCUCCAACCACCACAACUUCCACCGCUGGCGGCAACGACCAGCAGCAGCAAUGGCUCCGACUCCAUCCAAAUGCCACCUCUUUCUCCUCCACUUCACCACACUCAUCCUCCUCGUCCAAUCAAGACCUCCAACACUCCUCCGCUCCGACCUUGAAGCUCUCUUGCUCAUCCACAAGGACCUCGGCUUCCGCCGCAGCCCCGCGGCGAACCCCUGCGAUUCCGCCGGAAUACUCUGCGAGAGGCGGAGCGUCAACACCUCGCACACGCUCCGGAUCACCGGCCUCGUCUUCGAAUCGCAGCAGCUCGACGGCAGGCUCUCUCCCGCCAUUUCCAAGCUCACCGAGCUCAAACAACUCUCCCUACAAGACAACAACCUCUUCGAUCAAAUCCCAGCUCAAAUCGUGGAAUGCAAGAAGCUCGAGAUCCUCGACCUCAGAAACAAUCAAUUCUCCGGCCAAAUCCCACUCGGCUUAUCGUGGCUGAUCCGCCUCCGAGUUCUCGAUCUCUCCGGGAACAUGUUCACCGGCAACCUCAAGUUCCUGAAGCACUUCCCCAACCUGGAGAAGCUCAACCUCGCUGACAACAUGUUCGCCGGCACCGUGCCGGCGUCGCUGCGGUCGUUCCGGAAUCUUCAAUUCGUCGAUGUCUCCGGCAACAGCCUCCUCGUGGGCCCUCUUCCGUCGAUCAACAACCACGAAAAUCAGGAACACAGCCAAGCCCCGGGCAUGCUCCGGCAAACCACCGGCUCCGCCGCUGAUCAAAGCCACCACUCCGUGGCUGCAGAAUCGACUGGAAUCCAAUCCACGAUCCCAAAACGCUACUCCUUGGCCGAAAUUUCCCCCGCCGCUGCGAAGAACGGCACCAAAUUACCAGCCCUGUUCCUCGCCCCGGGCCCAUCUCCGGCGGGAGGUCCGUCAGCCGCUCCCACCGGCAGACACAGGAAAAGCAACAAGAAGAGAAUAAUCGGGUGGUCUCUCGGAUUCGUGGCCGGAGUAAUCGGAGGAAUCUUAUCUGGAUUAGUCUUCUCCUUAGUUUUCAAGCUGCUCCUGCUCCUAAUCAACGGCAGAAACAAGGAUACCGGAAUUAAAAUAUUCUCCCCAUUGAUCAAGAAGCCAGAAGACCUGGCCUUCUUAGAAAAAGAAGACGGAUUAUCAUCGCUCAACAUCAUCGGAAAAGGCGGAUGCGGCGAAGUCUACAAAGCCGUUUUACCGGGAAGCGACGGCAAGGAAAUCGCAAUCAAGAAGAUAAACCAGUCGGCCACAGACACGGAGGAGCUGACGGAAGAAGACAGCAAGCUCCUGAACAAGAAAAUGCGGCAAAUCCGAUCCGAAAUCAAGACCGUGGGAGAAAUCCGCCACCGCAACCUCCUGCCCCUGCUGGCCCACCUCCCGCGGCCGGACUGCCACUACUUAGUCUACGAGUACAUGAAGAACGGCAGCGUGCACGACUACCUGCUGCAGGUGUCGAGAGGGGAGAGGGAGCUGGAUUGGGCGGCGAGGUACAAGAUCAUCAUGGGGAUCGCGGCUGGGCUCGAGUAUCUGCACAUGAACCACACGCCGCGUAUCAUCCACAGGGACCUGAAGCCCGCCAACGUGCUGCUGGACGACGAGAUGGAGGCACGGAUCGCGGACUUCGGGCUGGCCAAGUCAGUGCCGGACGCCAACACGCACGUGUCCACGUCCAACAUUGCGGGCACGGCAGGGUACAUCGCCCCCGAGUAUUACGGGACCUUCAAGUUCACGGACAAGUGCGAUGUUUACAGCUUCGGAGUGGUGCUGGCGGUGGUGGUGAUGGGGAAGAUGCCCUCGGAUGAGUUCUUUCAGAAUACGGAGGAGAUGAGCCUGGUGAAGUGGAUGAGGAAUGUGAUGACCUCCGAUGAUCCCAAGCGGGCGAUUGAUCCCAAGCUCAUGGGGAAUGGCCACGAGGAGCAGAUGCUGCUGGCUUUGAAGGUCGCUUGUUUCUGCACCUUGGAUAAUCCUAAAGAGAGGCCUAAUAGUAAGGAUGCCAGGACUAUGUUGUCUCAGAUUACGCAUUGAUUAAUCAUCAAUAUAUUUGCUUUGUAAGUGUAUGUGUAUGUGUUGGUCUAAGAAGUUGAGAUGUGUGUGUAUCUGCUGAAAUUAAUUGUUACGAUGUAUUUGUAUUUCCCUAGUUUGCUAAUAAAAGUUUCUUCAUAUCCCACAA